UGGAUGAGAGAGAGAGAGAGAGAGAGAGAGAGAGACGGAGGAGGAGAGGAAGAUGAUGACCGGCGGGAACUACACGACUAUCGACGACAGCCAAAAAGUCUCUGGAUCCGUACCUUCUGUUCCAGAUCCAGGUCACACCACCGUCAAAUUCGCAGAAUCAAAUCUUCAAACCUUUCCUCCAUCUCAGGGCAAGAUCUCUGGUGGUAGUAAUCCUCUUCGUGAUGCUGACGAUACAUUUUCUGGGCCUGGUAACGGUAGCACAGAUGAACCUCACUCUGGUGGUUGGCUCCAUAAGUUCACUGUUGGUGCGUACAAGCCCUUCUUUGAUGUCGACACUUCGGAUGUUAUGGACAGACUCAAAGAAUCUCUCUUCCCAUUCCGUGGAACUUUUACAGAGAAGACUGCCGAUAAGCCUGACUUGUAUGGUCCGUUCUGGAUAUGCACGACUUUGAUAUUCGUGGCAGCAUCCAUCGGCACAUUUGUCACGUACGUAGCACACAAAUGGAAGAAACAAGAAUGGAACUACGAUAUCAAUCUGGUGACUUGGUCUGCAGGAGUGUUCUACGGCUAUGUCACGAUCGUUCCUCUCGCCUUAUAUGUCGUUCUCAAAUACUUCUCUGCACCUUCAGGCCUAGUUCAGCUCUUCUGUCUCUACGGCUAUUCCCUUUUCAUCUUUAUCCCUGCAUUGUGUCUCUCAGUCGUGCCAGUGGAGAUCUUCAGAUGGGCUAUCGCAGGUGUAGCAGGGUUCAUGUCUGCGACUUUUGUUGCUCUGAACCUCAAAGCGCAUAUCAAUUCCGCUGGGGAGAGAUCGAUCCUGAUAAUCGCAAGCAUCUUUCUAUUGCAGCUGGGGCUUGCGGUUGUGCUGAAGCUCUAUCUCUUCACUGUCACAGUAUGAUCCAUAUUUUUUUUCUUAUAAUCUGUAGAUUCAUUCAUAAACGUUUUCUCCUCCUAAGAGAUCUAUCCAAAAUUUUCUUACUGUUUGGAAAACUGAGCUCCAGGAUUCCAUUUCAUUUAUUUACUUUGUAGAAAACAGUGUAAGAAUAAUAAAAUCGAUUUGU